ACCGUGCGUCUCGCCCCCGAGGUCUCUGGCAGUCGAUCGGCCCGUCCGAUCACACGCCACGUGUCCUAUCUUCGCCUCCUCCCCUCUACUCCAUCUCCCUCUUCAUCGGCCUCCCCCUCAGAGGAAGCAGACGAUAACGAUCUUAUCUCUCCGGCAUCUCCCUCUUCCUCUUGCCCCUUCUCUGACACCUCGUCACCUCCGCCAUCGCCAUGAGCUUCGCCACCGAGCGGGCUUUCGGUGAUCAGUUGCUGGUGCCAAGGGGAGAGAUCUCAGCCAUCCGCCAAGUGCAUCAUCCGCGGAUCAGCCCCGACUUCCUGCGCCUUGCGCAGUUCUUCUGCACCUCGGGUGUGUACGGCGCGGCAGAGUUCCGGUUCACGAGCAAUCCCCAGGUGGUGGUGUUGGUCGAGGCAACGGCGUUCCAACGGCGAGCGGCCUCGGGUAUUAGCCACGUGUCUACCGUGGUAGUCUUUAGCGGCGACAUCGCCGCCUUCGAUCCGGCGAGGCAAGCUGCCAUCAAGAGCACCUUGUACAAGUGGGGUCGUGAUCUGGCCACUGAUUGGGAUCGACGGCUCACAAGGCACAAUGACGAGUGCUAUCCUGUCGACGACAUCGAGGUCAACACGCUGCGCGAGCCACCUAAUUCGUUGAGCUCUCGUUCUGCCUGCUACGAUCUUAUGGGAUUCGUCUUUGGAGCUGUGGAUCAGGGAUACCGAUCACAGAUCGUGCGCGAACUUACGAUCGUGAUCGCGCGACUAGCCGACGAGCUCCCCCUCGAUAUCGUCUCUCAGAGCGACAAAGAGCCCGUGCCGCAUGUCCUCUUAAGGACUCUCGCCCCGAGCCUCCAGUGGUCGGCUUGUAUCGAGGAGCGCUGGGCGGACGACCGUUUCCCAUCUCGUAGCGAAUCAGAGGAAGAAGCAGAAGAAGAAUCGGAAGGAGAAUUAAGGAGAGCGGCCGGAGAAGCAGCGGCCCGGUUGGCCGAGGACGAGGAGGAGGAACGCGAAGCAGAAGAAGAAGCGGCAGAAGCCGAGGACGAAGAAGAAGAAGAGGAAGCCUAUAGCGAGCAAAGUGAGGAAGAGGAAGACGAAGACGACGACGAGGGAGUGGAAAGCGGAGAAGACGAUCGAGAGCCAGUGUACGACGACGAACUCGAGUGGGUGCCAAAACCGGAUCGUCGAGAGGAGGAUCCUGAGGCCGCUGCGCAGCACAAGAAGGAGGUCGAGGAGGGAAAACGGUCAGUGAUCGACCCCACACCGAACGAUCCUUCCAAGGAUCCCAAGCCGCCCAAGCCGGAACAUGGGGACCUUGUUGCCACGACCUCGAGCGCCGCGACCACAAGGCGCCGACCCCGAUCCCGAUCCUCAUCCCCCUCCGCCCCCGCCCGUCCCCCAAUUCGUCAAAGUGUCGAUGAGGGGCUUCGUCCUUCGUCCCCGAUCCAUAUACCAGCGUCCGCUUAGCCAUCUCUCUUUCAAUCAGUAUCUUCAUCGCGUCGUCUUCCCCCGUAAUCCCUUCCCCAUCG